UGUGUCAUUAAAACUAAAAUUUGUCGAGACGUUUCGUACAUAAAUAAACAAAACUCUUGGUCAUUACAAUCCCAAAUUGACACCAAUUUAUUCCAAUAUUCACGUAAUAGUCUGUCAGUACGUCAAUUUAGGUUCCAAUUGCGAAUUCUCCCGGCGUUUUCGACUGAUAUGUGCGACGGGUGAAGUUUAUAAUGGCUCCUGUGUUUAAGAAUGAUGUAGUAAAUAGAUUGCUUAACGUGAGGCUUGACGAUGGGGGUAAUGGGGACGAGGUGCCGCCGCAGAACAUGCUGCCUUCUAACCAGCAGGCGAGGCAAGGGAGCAACGCGCCUGACGACGAAAGCGGGCCAUCUUGCGAACCGAUCGCGUCGUCGUCUACAAUCGAGAAUCUUCAACCUACGAACAGCAGCGGCGGCCGAUUACACAACUGGCAAGCGACCAAAACGACCGUUAAGGAACGCCUGUCCUUUCUCUUCAACAACGAAGUACUGUGCGACGUCCAUUUUAUUGUGGGUAGAGAGGCGAACCAGCAAGUGAUACCCGCGCACAAAUUCGUCCUUUCCGUCGGCAGUGCGGUCUUCGAUGUGAUGUUUAAUGGCGUCCUAGCGACCAAAUCUGACGAAGUAGAGCUACCCGAUGUGGAGCCGGCGGCGUUUCUUCAUUUACUUAAGUUCCUAUACUCCGAUGAAGUUCGAAUCGGACCGGAGAGUGUAAUGACAACUCUGUACACUGCUAAGAAGUAUGCGGUGGCCGCUUUAGAGGAGCAUUGUGUGGAUUUUCUUAAGAGUAACUUGGGUACGGACAAUGCUUUCCUGCUAUUGACACAAGCAAGGUUGUUCGAUGAGCCGCAACUAGCUGCGCUCUGCUUGGAAAUGAUAGAUAAGAAUACAGCUGAUGCUUUAAACGCUGAAGGCUUUACUGAUAUUGAUCAAGAUACCUUGAAUGCAGUUUUAGAAAGGGACACCCUACGCAUCAGAGAAGCCAAAAUAUUCUCAGCGGUACUGCGCUGGUCAGAAGCCGAGUGCAUCCGAAGACAACUCCCCGUAACUCCUACCAACCAACGCACAUCACUCGGACGAGCCUUCAACGCUAUCCGCUUUCCUCUUAUGUCCGUUGAAGAAUUUGCAAUGGGCCCCGCACAGAGUGGUCUACUUGACGACCGAGAAAUUGUUCAAUUGUUUCUUUAUUUUACCGUAAACCCUAAACCUAAUGUUGGGUUUCUAGACACACCGAGAUGUUGUAUGACAGGGAAGGAGUUAACGGUGAACAGGUUUCCGCAGACGGAGUCACGAUGGGGUUACAGUGGGACCACUGAUCGGAUUAGGUUUACGGUGGACCAAAGAAUAUUUGUAGUCGGUUUUGGAUUGUAUGGAUCGUACUUCGGGCCGACGGAGUAUGAAGUACAUCUUCAGAUAAUCCACCUAGCAACGAAGAAGGUAUGCGGCUCGAACACAACGACGUUUUGCUGCGACGGCACCGACGACACUUUCCGCGCCAUGUUCAAGGAGCCCGUCGAGAUACUGCCCAACACUUCCUACAUAGCCAGCGCUAAACUCAAGGGCACGGAUUCGUACUACGGCACCAAAGGUCUCCGUCGCGUGACGGUCGACUGCAAUAACGGGGAAAAGGUAGUGUUCCAAUUCUCGUACGCGGCCGGAAACAACAACGGUACCUCCGUCGAGGACGGACAGAUACCCGCCAUCAUAUUCUACAUAUAAACAGAGUGGUCAAUCCAC